AUGGCAGCUCUGAACUCAGUGGACCAGGAGAGCUCAGAGGUUCCCAGUGGUCAGUCUGCCCAGCAGCAUCAAACACACCUGGUCUCCAUAUUUAUGCUGCUGGAGGAGAACAUCGUCACCUUUGUGAAGAACGAGUUGAAGAAAAUGCAGAAGGUUCUGAGUCCAGAUUACCCAGAAUGCUUAGAAAGUCAGAGGGAGGAUGAGGAGGUGUUGGAUGGUGAGGAGGAAGAGCAUAGGAGGAGCAGCAGAGAGGCAUUUCUGAAGAUCAUACUGCACUUCCUGAGGAGAAUGAAGCAGGAGGAGCUGGCUGACCAUCUGCAGAGCAGAACUCGUGCUGCAGAGUGUCGAUAUAAACUCAAGUCUAAUCUGAAGAAGAAGUUCCAGUGUGUGUUUGAGGGGAUUGCUAAAGCAGGAAAUGCAACCCUUCUGAAUCAAAUCUACACAGAGCUCUACAUCACAGAGGGAGGGACUGCAGAGGUCAAUGAUGAACAUGAGGUCAGACAGAUUGAAACAGCAUUCAGGAAACCAGACAGACCAGAAACAACAAUCAGACAAGAAGACAUCUUUAAAGCCUCACCUGGAAGAGAUGAAACAAUCAGAACAGUGAUGACAAAGGGAGUGGCCGGCAUUGGGAAAACAGUCUUAACACAGAAGUUCACUCUGGACUGGGCUGAAGACAAAGCCAACCAGGACAUACACUUCACAUUUCCAUUCACUUUCAGAGAGCUGAAUGUGCUGAAAGAGAAAAAGUACAGCUUGGUGGAACUUGUUCAUCGUUUCUUUGCUGAAACCAAAGAAGCAGGAAUCUGCAGGUUUGAAGAGUUCCAGGUUGUGUUCAUCUUUGAUGGUCUGGAUGAGUGUCGACUUCCUCUGGAUUUCCACAACAAUGAGAUCCUGACUGAUGUUACAGAGCCCACCUCAGUGGAUGUGCUGCUGACAAACCUCAUCAGGGGGAAAUUGCUUCCCUCUGCUCGCCUCUGGAUAACCACACGACCUGCAGCAGCCAAUCAGAUCCCUCCUGAAUGUGUCGGCAUGGUGACAGAGGUCAGAGGAUUCACUGACACACAAAAGGAAGAGUACUUCAGGAAGAGAUUCAGUGAUGAGGAGCAGGCCAGUACAAUCAUCUCCCACAUCAAGACAUCACGAAGCCUCCACAUCAUGUGCCACAUCCCAGUCUUCUGCUGGAUCACUGUUACAGUUCUGGAGGAUGUGUUGAAGAGCAGAGAGGGAGGAGAGCUGCCCAAGACCCUGACUGAGAUGUACAUCCACUUCCUGGUGGUUCAGUCCAAACUGAAGAAGGUCAAGUAUGAUGGCGGAGCUGAGACAGAUCCACACUGGAGUCCAGAGAGCAGGAAGAUGAUUGAGUCUCUGGGAAAACUGGCUUUUAAGCAGCUGCAGAAAGGCAACCUGAUCUUCUAUGAGUCAGACCUGAAAGAGUGUGGCAUCGAUAUCAGAGCGGCCUCAGUGUACUCAGGAGUGUUCACACAGAUCUUCAAAGAGGAGAGAGGGCUGUACCGAGACAAGGUGUUCUGCUUCAUCCAUCUGAGUGUUCAGGAGUUUCUGGCUGCACUUCAUGUCCAUCUGACAUUCAUCAAGUCUGGAGUCAUUCUGCUGACAGAACAGAAAACAUCCUGGUGGCCUAAAGUCUUUGAAGAAAAACCCAAACCAACACGUCUCUACCAGAAUGCUGUGGACAAGGCCUUACAGAGUCCAAAUGGACACCUGGACUUGUUCCUUCGCUUCCUCUUGGGUCUCUCACUGCAGGCCAAUCAGACUCUGCUACAAGGCCUGCUGAUACAGACAGGAAGUAGCUCACAGACCAAUCAGGAAACAGUCAAGUACAUCAAAAAGAAGAUCAGUGAGAAUCUGUCUGCAGAGAGAAGCAUCGAUCUGUUCCACUGUCUGAAUGAACUGAAUGAUCGUUCUCUAGUGGAGGAGAUCCAACAGUACCUGAGUUCAGGAAGUCUCUCCACAGAUAAACUGUCUCCAGCUCAGUGGUCAGCUCUGGUCUUCAUCUUGCUGUCAUCAGGAAAAGAUCUGGACGUGUUUGACCUAAAUAAAUACUCUGCUUCAGAGGAGGCUCUUCUGAGGCUGCUGCCAGUGGUCAAAGCCUCCAACAAAGCUCUACUGAGUGGCUGUAACCUUUCAGAGAGAAGUAUUGAAGCUCUGUCCUCAGUUCUCAGCUCUCAGUCCUGUAGUCUGAGAGAGCUGGAGCUGAGUAACACUAACCUGCAGGCUUCAGGAGUGAAACUGCUGUCUGCUGGACUGAAGAGUCCACACUGCACACUGAAAACUCUCAGACUGAAUGACUGUAACAUAUCAAAGAGAAGCUGUGCAGCUCUGUCAUCAGUUCUCAGCUCCCAGUCCUCUAGUCUGAGAGAGCUGGACUUGAACAACAACAACCUACAGAAUUCCGGGCUGAAACUGCUUUCUCAUGGACUGGAGAGUCCACACUGUGCACUGGAAACUCUCAGACUGAAUGACUGUAACAUAUCAAAGAGAAGCUGUGCAGCUCUGUCAUCAGUUCUCAGCUCCCAGUCCUCUAGUCUGAGAGAGCUGGACUUGAACAACAACAACCUACAGAAUUCUGGGCUGAAACUGCUUUCUCAUGGACUGGAGAGUCCACACUGUGCACUGGAAACUCUCAGACUAAGUGACUGUAACCUGUCAGAGAGAAGCUGUGCAGCUCUGUCCUCAGUUCUCAGCUCCCAGCCCUCUAGUCUGAGAGAGCUGGACUUGAGCAACAACAACCUACAGGAUUCCGGGCUGAAACUGCUUUCUCAUGGACUGGAGAGUCCACACUGUGCACUGGAAACUCUCAGACUAAGUGACUGUAACCUGUCAGAGAGAAGCUGUUCAGCUCUGUCCUCAGUUCUCAGCUCCCAGCCCUCUAGUCUGAGAGAGCUGGACUUGAGCAACAACAACCUACAGGAUUCCGGGCUGAAACUGCUUUCUCAUGGACUGGAGAGUCCACACUGCACACUGGAAAAUCUCAGGCUGUCAGGAUGUCUGAUCACAAAGAAAGGCUGUGCUUCUCUGGCCUCAGCUCUGAGAUCCAACCCCUCCCAUCUGAGAGAGCUGGACCUGAGCUACAAUCAUCCAGGAGACUCAGGAGAGAAGCAGCUGUCUGCUGGACUGGAGGAUCCACACUGGAGACUGGACACUCUCAGCCUGCAGCCUGCUGGAGUUCGAUGGUUGACACCAGGUCCAUGGAGGUGUAAGUGUGUUUUUCAUUUGAUUCAUGAAAACAAAGCUCAUUCACAUCCUACUAAGGAUGAAGAUGAUGUCAUCAUCAAACAGAUGAUAGAUCAAUAA